ACGUCAUCAAACAGCUCGUGGCCGUAGUCGGGAGCGCGCGCGUCAGCUGACAUCCGCAGAGAGCAGAGCCAGACAUGGAUCAACUCAAAGUCAAAGACAGGAUCCUCGAAAACAUCUCUCUGUCCGUCAAGAAGUUGCAGAGUUAUUUUGCGGCCUGCGAGGAUGAGACGCCAGCCAUCAGGAAUCACGACCGGGUUCUUCAGCGCUUGUGUGAACACCUGGAUCACGCUCUGCUUUAUGGGCUGCAGGACAUUUCAUCAGGUUACUGGGUCCUCGUAUUACACUUCACACGACGAGAAGCCAUUCGACAGAUCGAGGAACUCCAACACAUAGCCACCAAUCUUGGCAGAAGCCGUGCCUGGCUGUACUUGGCGCUCAAUGAAAGUUCUUUAGAAAGCUACCUCCGACUUUUUGAGGAGAAUCAAGGACUGCUCCAGAAGUACUAUUACAAAAAUGCAUUGGUUUGCAGUCAUGACCAUCUCACUCUGUUUCUUACGCUCGUCUCUGGGCUUGAGUUCAUCCGCUUUAACCUGGAGCUGGAUGUUCCAUACUUGGAUGUUGCUCCCUACAUGCCUGAAUACUACAAACCUCAGAAUCUGUUGGAUUUUGAGGAGAGGUUGCCGAGCUCUGAUAGUCUGUCACUACACUCGUUCACUUCUCUCACAUCCACUAAUCUCGAGUGGGAUGACAGUGCCAUCGCCCCAUCCAGUGAAGAGGGAGACUUGACUGAUCCAGUCAGUGGGCCGCGCUCUUCAGGAUCAGACCCUCAGACUGUUGUCAGUGACUGUGUUAUAGUAAAAGCCUCGGCGGGCACCAUCAGAACCACAUCUCUGUCAAGAAGCCCUACAUUUCGGCAAAAUCCCUUCACUGAGGACUCGGACACCAACACUUCAGCUGACGUCACCCCUGUGCACAUAGCAAGCCGGCACACUUCAACAACUGGAGAAGACGCUGAAAUCACCAGCACUGAGCUGGAAGUCAUUAGAAUGGCACGGCGACGAAAGCCUGGCAAGAAACGACGCGGCAGAGGAUCAUCAGUGAGUAGUGAACAGAACGUCAUCUCUCCAGAAGUGACUGAUGAAUGCCUUCAGAUUGUAGUUGAGAGAGACGUCACAGUAAACCACAUCACCGUGGACAGUCGAGUUCCUCUGGAGCGUGCUGACAGCACUGCUUCAGAACCCUUGAGGAAUGGGAGACGCGAAGGAGAAGAAGAGGAGCCUGAAACUGGACUGAGGCUUCCAGAAAUGACGGACACUUCAAUGGACAACGUAGGGCAACCCCUCCGUGAGGUCAUGGACAGGCUGAAUGGGUCUCUGGAUGCUGAGGAUGGAGCAGAAGAAAUUUGCACCGCUCACGACGGGCCCCCCAAUCAGCAGCCCUUUCGAGAGGAUGCUGGCGGUGAACCUCCAGACCCAAGCGAUGGUUUCCUGCAGGCCCCGCUGCCGCCUGCAGACUUCUACUGCUUUACCUCCCAGAGUCCAGACCCUGCUGCCUCAGGUGGUGGGCGCCAUGACUCUGCAGGGCAUGGCGAGCCGCAGGAUGUUCCUGUUAGCAAUGAAGAUGAGGGAGAAGCAGAAGCAGAGGCAGCAGCUGCAGGGCAGGAUCCCUCCAUCGCCAUAGAGACCUCAGAGAAGAAACUGAGUGAGACAGAAGAAGAUGAUGAAGAUGCAACACAGAGCUCUCAUGCUGCAGAAUUCAAGGUGGAUAACAAUCAUCUGCUGCUGCUCAUGAUUCAUGUUUUCAGGGAGAAUGAAGAACAGCUCUUUAAGAUGGUGAGGAUGAGCACAGGCCACAUGGAAGGAGAUCUGCAGCCUCUAUAUCUGCUCUUAACAGACUGCUACAUUUACCUCUUGCGAAAAGGAGCAGCAGAAAAACCUUACAGUGUUGAGGAGGCAGUGUCUUAUAAUGAGCUGGACUACAUCUCUGUGGGUCUUCACCAGCAGACCAUCACUCUGGUGUGCACCAACAGAAGACGGCAGUUCCUGCUGGACACUGCGGACUCGUCUCUGACUGACUGGUUUCUGACUGUGUUGAAGGAGGCUUGGGAGAAUGGCUGUAGGGAACCUCCAUAUCCCUCUAUUCUCACUGACGCCACCAUGGAGAAACUCGCUCUCUCCAAGUUUGUGUGCCAGGAGACUCACUGUGAGAUGUCUGAAAUGAAGAUUCGCCUUUAUUCUCUGGUUCACUGGGAAGACCCAAUGGAUGUGACCGUGGCUUCACCGACAUCUCCGUCGGGCUCUAGAGCAUCCAGCAGCACUAAAGAGGGGCCGCUGCUGUACCGAGCCGGAAGCUCUUAUUUGGGGAAAGAAGUGUGGAAAAGUUGUUACUUAGUUCUCAGCAAUGGCAUCCUGUAUCAGUAUGCAGAGAGAACAGAUGUUACACCUUUGAUGUCUGUUACCAUGGGGGGAGGGCAUUGUGGAGGCUGCAGGCGUUCAAACAGCACAGAAAAACCUCACGCCUUUCAGGUGAUUCUGACAGAGCAUCAGCCAUUAGAGCUCAGCGCAGAGAACGAGCUGGAAAUGGCAGACUGGAUGCUGCUGCUCUGCCAGUCUGUCUCUAAAGGGAUUAUCCCACAGGGAGUUGCUCCUGCACCCUGCAUCCCAUGUUGCCUUGUGCUCACAGACAGGAAGUUACUCACGUGUCAUCAGGAUUGCCAGACCAGUUUUUUCCGUUCUCUUGGAGGAGCCGAUUUGAACGAUGUCACAGCUGUUUGCCUGGAGGACGACAAGGAAUACUGUGUCAUUGAGUUUGCAGAGGAUCGAGCUCAGUUUCUUCCUCCCUGGGUUUUGUAUUUUAGCGGAUGUAAGGAACGAGAUCGGCUUAUAGCAGAAUUAAGUCAAGCAUGGACUGCUGUAUAUCAGGUGAGUCUACCUCGUAAGGCAGUGUCAGACCUGUCGGUUCAAAAGAAGUGCAGCGAGGCUCUGGAGCUGAUGAAGAGCGCCUGGCAGAGAAGCGACAGUCUACACAGAGGCCGAUCAGAAAGAGAACCAUGGUGCUGACCCCCUCCAUUACUACAUGAGCUCAGACAUGGACAGCAGGGGGAAAUCGGCUCACCAGCAAACCUACUGUUUAUGUAGGUACAAGCAGACACUGUGAGCUCUUCGAACAAGGCACCAUACUGAACAAUGUGGGCUCAUUUCAUAUCAAACUAACGGUAAUUAUGGCCUGACCUUGUUUACACUUGCCUUGCACAAAUAUUUAAGGACUUCAGUUUAAGGCUUUUGGCUUUCACAAGUGGAAGUCUGCAAAAGGAAAUCAAAAAGAGAUCGAGCAGUUCUCUUCCAUGUAUUUGGAGUAUACUGUAUAUACAGUGUAAAUACGUAUAGUAGGCAAAAUUCAAGAGCUUUUUAAAAACAAUUUUCCUGCAUAACGUGGAGAGAUACUGCACACGCCUGUACUAUACAGAGGUACAAACUGCUUUUUGUGCACUUAUGAAAGACUAUUUUAGUUAUGUUUACACCAUUGAUAUUAUCUGGCUGCUUUGAGAUUUGAAAGUAUAACGGUUUGCAUGACACUCAAAACAUAGAGAAAACGACGUCUGGGGAACUGGUCUGGCUUUAAAGGGUUUAGUUCUCACAAAAAUGACAAACGUUUGACAUUUACUUGCUCUCGGUCCAUCUGAUACACAGGUGACUGUUUUUCAGUCGAACAAUAAAGUAGAUUAAGCUGAAAUUGGUCAAUGACGCAAGUCAACGGCUACUGGCACUUUUGAAAGUCUAAAGGAAUCCAUAUAGAAACAACAAAAUUAAUACACAUAUUUAUUUAUUUAAGUAAAAUGGCUCUGAUUGGUCUUUGCUGUGUCUUUAUAGUUAUGUUUUGUGUCACAAGACCCAUGUAUUUUUUAGAAGCGCAGUGUAUUCAUUUAGUUUUGCCUGUAAAUGUUUUUAGACUUUCAAAAUGCCUGUAGCCUUUAAUUUGCCUUUUAAAAAUCAUCAAGGACUCAUAUAGAAAAAAUUAAAUUUAAUACACAUGGCUUCUUAUGAUGCACUGAGGGCUUAUGAAGUCAAAUGAUUGGUCUGUGCUGUGUAUAUAUAUAUAUAUAUAUAUAUAUAUAUAUAUAUAUAUAUAUAUAUAUAUAUAUAUAUAUAUAUAUAUAUAUAUUGUAACGUUGCCCUUCACAAGACCUCAGUGUAUUUUUCAGAAGCAUGCUGUAUUCAUUUAGUUUUGCCUGUAAGUGUAUUUUAAGACUUUCAAAGUGCUUGUCUGAAUUGCAUUUUAAGAAACACCAAGGAGCCAUUUUAUCCUAAAAGAUUCCUUUAAUGUUGCUUUGAAAAAAAUCUAAUCGCCUACAUCUUUGAUGGCCUGAGAGUGAGUGAAUUAACUGCAAAUAUUUCAUUUUUGGAGUAAACUCUCCCUUUAAUUUUGACAUUUUAAUAUCAAUCAGCAACAUUAAUAGUGAUGAUACGGUACUGGCAUGUAACCACUGUUGUGUUGAACUAUAAAAAUGUGCUAGAUUCAGGUAGUAUGGAGAAACUGUAAUAGGGAUCAUAUAAUUCUAAUACAUUAUUCAUUCAUUAAGGUUAUUAAAGCUCUUUCACCUAAAGAAAGGCUAUUUAAAAAUGAAGGAGUUGAUUGCAGCAAAAUUGCACAAGAUUCAGAAUUGCACAUGUGUUGGUUUCUUUUCUUUUUUUUUUUUUUGAGGUAUUAAAAAUGAUAUCAGAUCUUACAGGGGCCUUCAUUGGGAAACACUAUCAGUUUGGAGAUUAUUAGUAUUUUUUCUACUUCAGAAAGUAUUAUCAAUUUUAUUUUUUAUUGAUUGCUUUUUUAGCUUCAAUAUUAAAGCCAUUCCCAGUCCCUCACUCAGACAUCCCAUUUCCACUGAAACACUGUAGGGUGAUUUUAAGAAUGUAAAGUGCUUUUAAAGAAAGCAAAGGUUUGUGGAUCUUUGUCAGACUGUGACUAAUGGAAGCAGAAGCAGAAUCUCAGGUAUGUUGAAGUUAGUUUCAGUCAACAGUCAUUUUAAAUAAUACAUUGCUGGGCAAUGAUGGUAUACAGUUGUUCAUUAACAAUUGAAAUGUGGUUUUCUGUUUUCUGUUUCUUUUUUUACUAGCUAUUUUUUUAAUUUUGUUUUUAUUUUUUAUUGAAUCAGUAAUCAGCUGUGUUCUAACACUCUAAUGUCUCAAAUACACUAAGUGCUGCAUGUACAUUUUGGAAGAUGUCAUUAAUAUGAUCAAUAAAUAAAACAACUUUUUAAAUGA